AUGGCCAAAAUGGAUCUAAUCGCCAAUUUUUUUAAAUUGCUGCUAAUCUAUUUUGCUGGUGCGCCGCAUGCGGCUCCGCAAUCAUGGAACUGCUCAACUGGUACGGGUUUUUGCAUCUUGAUUUCUGAAGAGCGCCGUUCUUGGCACGACGCUUCCGAUCACUGCUACCAACGCCAUGGAGGACUUGCUCAUUCGGACCAUUUCGAGCUGAUCCUUCAUUCCUCGAUUUGGUUUUCAUCAGAAAUGUUGGUGUGGACAGGUUUGGGGUGGGUAGAUGGACGGCUCCAAUGGAUGUCUCAUAUACCACACGAGGAAACCAAUAUCAACGUAACUACCUUUUAUGCUCGAAGACGAGUCGAUCCUGCUAAUUUAUGCUAUUUUAUGAACCGGAACGGAAUUGUUACUGAGGGUUUCUGUAAGCAAAAACUUCACUACAUGUGCAUCAUGCCAGCACUCGUGCCGGCGAAGAGAAGCGUGGGAGAAGAAUUUCCAGAAGUUCAAAUGGCUUCGGGUGCGAUUGUACCAGAAUUGAUCCCUUCUGGAAAAUUCAAGACUCAUUCCCCGUUCUUGGUAGUCGAACCGUCGACAGAGAUAUAUUUUGAUUUGUUUUGUAACGUUCCUACAAAUACAAACUGCUCUUCAACUCGCUACCGAUGGCUGAAAAAUGGAGCCUAUCAACCGGAAGUUUAUGGAUAUAGGAGAAUUUCAGAUUCUGGAGAGAUUUCACUAGAAGGAAGAAAAUCUUGGAUAUUGAAUUGGCUUGGGAAAGUUGCUUGUGAAGUAUUUUGCUCUUCUUCAGGAAAAGCGUACAGAUCUAAAGAAGCAAUUUUAAUUUUGCGUGAAUCUGUUAGUCUACGCGUGGAAUUUCAAUUCAACUCCGUUAUCGAUUUCUCCGUGGCGCAUAAUUUUUUCCAGAAAGUCAUUCAUUCAGAGCUUCGAAAUAGAACAACUAUUUCACAAGUACCACAUUUUCAACUAGAUUCUCUACCAUUUCUUUCUCAUCCUGAAAGUUCUACUAAAAGCUUCAGUUUCUAUGCUCAUUUGGCCAACAUGUUAUCGAUCUGUAGGACCCACAAGGAACUCUCCGUUUGAAUACGUUUUUGAGGAGCAUAAGCCUUCUCAGUCCAAUCAAUUAUUGGAUUAACUUUCAUAACAAAGGACGUGACGAUUUUAAGGGAUUGUUUAAAAAUAUCAGUGCGGUUAUGCUUAACUACUGUCUCAAGGAAGACGAUAGU